AUGCAAAAAAAUAAAAAAUAAAUUAAAAAAGUAAGAAUUCUUAUAAGAAGGAGAUCAGAAAAAAACUAACAAAGAAGUUUUUGCUCAGGUUGCUGUGAUAAAUAUCAAGAUGGAUUUGUUUGCAGAUCUUCCUGCUCCCACGAAUAAUACAAACUCGGGUAAAUGCAGUAAAGAUGAAGACGGCGUCCAGGACCGGGGAGAGAAGAGACACAGGGAGACGCACUCAGAUGACGAGCGGAAUGAGAUGGAAAAGAAAGUUUGUAAAGGAUUGGCUAAGCUGAAGGGCUUCGUUGCGGCACGGCGAGGCGAACGAGAGGACAUGCAGGACGCUCAUGUCAUCUUACCCAACCUCCAUACAUAUACAAAUACACUGCCUACACAUGUGUCCAGGUUGGGAUUUUUCGCUGUGUUUGAUGGUCAUGGUGGUGCUCGAGCGUCUCAGUUUGCUGCUGAACAUCUCCAUCACACACUUCUUAGCAAAUUCCCUAAAGGAGAGAUUGAUAAUCUGGAUAAACUGGUGAGGAAAUGUCUUCUCGACACGUUUCGCCACACAGAUGAGGAAUUCCUGAAGAAAGCCUCUAGCCAGAAGCCAGUAUGGAAGGACGGCUCCACGGCUACGUGCAUGUUAGUUGUGGAUGAUGAUCUGUACGUGGCCAAUCUUGGAGACAGCAGAGCAGUGCUGUGUCGCGUGGAGCACACUGAGGAUGGAGAAGAGAAGUGUGUGUGUGUGCCUCUCAGUAAAGAACACAACCCUACCAUCUAUGAAGAACGCAUGAGGAUACAGAGAGCAGGAGGAACUGUCAGAGAUGGGCGUGUGUUAGGUGUGUUAGAAGUUUCCCGCUCCAUCGGAGAUGGUCAGUAUAAACGCUGUGGUGUGAUCUCAACACCUGACCUGAGACGCUGCACUCUCAGCCCUAAAGACAAAUUUGUGAUUCUGGCAUGUGAUGGACUUUUCAAAGUCUUCUCAGCAGACGAGGCUGUUCGGUUCGUCAACAAAUUUCUAAAGGAUGAGGUGGUGGAGACUAAGGAGGGACAGACGAUGGAGGAGGGCCGAUUCGAAGCUGCGUGUCAGAAACUAGCUAGCGAGGCUGUGAGGCGAGGCUGUGCGGACAAUGUCACGGUCAUCCUGAUCUCCAUCGACUUCUGACACAUUUCUCUCUCACACUCGCACACACCAGAUGAGUGUGUAGGCUUCCUUUGGCAUUUUCAUCAUUCUCAAGUGGACAUUUCUAAAAGACCUUCUAACAAAGAGUGUGGGGGUUUUGAGGCAAAUAAAAAUCUUAUCAUCAGA